AUGAAUAAUGCUUCGCAAUACAUCCACACUGGCGACGGUGCCAAGAACGCAUUGUUUGAAAAGGAUGUCAUUCGGGCAGACGCUGUGAUUCUUGGUUCUCAUGUCGUCAAUGCAAACGUUAAGCCGAAGACAAACUUCUUGCGCAGCUGGCUUACUUUUGAGGAGCUGUCUUCGGCGCAAGCGAAGGACUCUCAGCAGGCGAGGAGUUGA